AUGUCCUCGCCGACUAAUAAGGUCGAAGCCAUCCGUCGCUGCGUUGACGAACUGAGGCGUUGCCUCAAAGACCAAUUCAUAUUGAUUGGUGGCGCGUCCAUGAUGCUUCUGGGGAGCCAGCGACCUACCAAUGAUGUCGAUAUCCUUGUUUCACGCAGCGAAGAUCUUGCCGCUCUGUUUUCUUUGCUCGCUGCAGACGAAGCAUUUUCCAAUGAAAACGGUCAGCUCCGAUUUAAGCAUUCCGGCUUCUCACCUUCACUCGACAUUCUUACUGUUGCUGUUCAAAUGAUUACUUUUGAACAAGCUGGCCCACAUUGCCUCACUAUUGAGGAAGUUAAGAUCCCCAAACCUGACUAUAGUCUUGCUAUGAAGGUUAAGUGCUUCUACCUACGGCAGGACGACGAAAACGGCCACAAGAAAAGAGAGAGCGACAUCUUCGAUAUUCGAUUUCUCUGCAAGGUGAUGCUUCAAAAAUCGGAGUUUGUAAGUGACGACUGCGCGAAUAAGUUCAAAUUUGGACAUUACCAUCUUCUUGAGCUUCGUCAAGAACUCGGACCAGAGGCCACCGCGAGGUUUAUCAGAGUCGGCGGCAGAAAGUUUAUCCUCCCAUGGGACCAGAACUCCGAAGAUCAGAGGGAAUACUUCUGCGUUUUUGCUGAGCCGGGCGCCGAUCCGUUGACUACGGAGCUCGAGGACGAAUGA